AUGAUUCCAACGUUACAUACGAUCAAAGACGUUUAUGCUGAUGCAUCAGCGCAUGAGGCUCGGUACGCGGGUAUUUUGAACAAAUUCCAAUCCCUGUACGGCCGCAAGCCAGAGUUUGUAACUCGGGCUCCCGGCCGAGUCAACAUCAUCGGAGAUCACAUCGAUUACAGCUACUACUCGGUUCUUCCCAUGGCUAUUGAAAACGAUUUCGUCAUUGCCGUCGCUACCACUGAUGACCACAAAGUUUCGUUGGCCAAUUUGGACCCGCGUUUCUCCGGAUGCACCUUCGAGAUGCCUCAACACGGCGACGUGGAGAUCGACGCAGUCAAUAUGGUGUGGUCGAACUACUUCAAGUGUGGUGUGGUGGUGGCUAACCGUUACAUGAGGGAAAAGACACCGGGAUUCCGUCCAAAGGGGAUGCAAAUCGUGGUGCACGGCAACGUGCCAGCCGGAGGUGGGCUUAGCUCGAGUGCUGCGUUUGUUGUCUCGGCAACCCUGGCAGUGCUCCGCUCGAACGGAUAUGACAAAGUUGACAAAAAGCUUUUGGUCAAACUGUCUACUACCUGUGAGCAGCUUAUUGGCGUCAACUCGGGUGGAAUGGACCAGUCCGCCUCGGUGUUUGGUGAAAAGGACCACGCCUUGUUUGUAUCUUUCCGCCCAGAGCUGGACGUCAAGCCCAUGCAGUUCGCUCAAACCACUCCAUUUGUUCUUAUUAUCGCCAACUCGCUUCUCGAGGUGCACAAGCACGAUUCUGCUCCAGAAUGCUAUAAUCUACGUGUUGUAGAGGUCACCCUGGCAGCGAAAUUGCUCGAAAAAAGACUGGGGAUCACUAUUCCGCAGGACGGUCUCCUGUCUGCAGGGACCCUGAGAGGCGUUAUGGAGUGCUUCAGUGGCAAAGAGGCUUCCAUUGCAAAUUUGAAGGCGAUGUUGCCUCAGGUGGAAAAAUACCUUGACCCCGAAGGAUACACCAGUGCACGAAUUGCUAGUGAACUGGGCAUCUCAGAGAGCGAGCUGGAGGCAAAAUAUUUCACGGAGUUCCCUGUCCGUUUCAGCAAGCUCAAGCUAUACCAGCGCGCCAAGCAUGUUUAUGAAGAGGCCCUGAGGGUUCUUGAGUUUGUAUCUAUCAUGGGUGAUAACUCCCCCGAUACCCUGCAAAAGCUUGGUGAGUAUAUGAAUGCCUCCCACAAGUCAUCCCAAACUCUUUUCGACAACUCGCAUGAAGCAGUUGAUGAGAUUGUCGAGAUUGCCAGAAGCGCAGGCUCUCUGGGCUCGCGGGUCACUGGCGCUGGAUGGGGCGGCUGCACCGUGCACCUUGUGCCCAGCAACAAGGCAGAAGCCGUCAAGAAGGCCCUGCGCGAACAAUACUAUGCCAAGCGUUAUCCCAACGCGCCCGAAGAUGCUCUCAUUGAGAGUGUGGCUGGUUCCGGCACCGUGUUACUUGAAUUCUAA